CGUUACUUAUUUGCAGUCGGGAAUUACAAUGUUCUAGCCUUACAAUUUUAAUUCUCCUUUAUUCAUUAUCUGUGGGUUGUGUGCGGUACUGCUGGCUGUCUAGUGUCUAGUUCUCGGUACUUUGUAUAUACGUGUGAUACUUACGACUUUUUUGCAAUUUUUGUCAAAGAAAUGUAUUAAUUCAACUAAAAAUAUUGUGACCAAAACUUAAAGAUAACGUAACGUAGUUUUUGGUGCAAUGUUGAUAUGGAAUUAGUGAUUUUGCUAAAUAUAUUUACCUAUAUUUUUGGCAAACAUUUAUAAAAAAAACAAUGCCUAAAAUAUAGUAUGCUGGUUAGAAUCAGAUUUUAGUCAUGUUGAAAUCCAAAAUGGAUAUGAAGAUACAGUUUGGUGAAGCUAGCCAACAACAAAUAGUUCCUCAACCCAGUAUAGGCAAGUGGAGUUUAAAGAGUGAUACAUCUGUGCUAAUCGCAGACCAUCAGCAGAGUGCAUCACACAGAAAAAUUAUAAGGAGAUGGAAUCGCCUAUCAAGACUGCAAAGAACCAUAGUUUAUGCUCUAACUAUACUAACAGCAACCGUUUUAGUAAUGUUUUAUGUUUCUAAGGUUGCUAAUAAGAUAGAUAAACUUAAUCGUAGUGAAUUAGCACAAGAAACCCUAAAGAAUAUUUCUCUAGUCAUUGAGCCAGUAGCGGACUCGGCUGUUCCCAAAAAGACUGUUGUUUUGGAUUUUGUACACAAUGAAAGACCGAUUUUUACAGGACCGAAAAAUGCUCGACAAUACGCCGUAGUCGAGAGCUUUAGACACGCAUGGCGCGGUUACAAAGACCAUGCUUGGGGUCAUGACAAUCUGAAGCCAGUGUCCGGCAUGGCUUUCGACUGGUUUUCCCUUGGACUCACGAUUGUUGACUCACUGGAUACAGCCUAUAUUAUGGGACUGACUGAAGAAUUCGAGGAAGGCAAACAAUGGAUCAAAAACGAAUUGGUCUUUACAAAGAACAAAGACGUCAAUUUCUUUGAAGUAACCAUAAGAGUUCUUGGGGCUUUGCUGUCCUGUUAUCAUUUUACACAAGAUGAGAUGUUUCUUACUAAAGCGACGGAUUUGGGUGAUCGUUUGAUGGCGGCAUUUUCCUCGCCAUCUGGCAUUCCGUAUUCGGACGUUAAUCUCGGUUUAAGGACUGCUCACGCGCCCGAGUGGUCCCAUUACAGUACCACGGCGGAAGUGACUACAGUUCAACUCGAGUUCAGGGAGCUGUCUAGGGCGAGCAAGAACCCUGCAUUUGAGGACGCCGCUGCGGCUGUCUCCGAGAAAAUUCACCAUUUGCCGAAGAAACAUGGUCUGGUCCCGAUAUUCAUCAACCCGAACACUGGACACUUCCUUCCCCACGCCACCAUCACCCUUGGCGCCAGAGGAGACAGUUACUACGAGUACUUACUCAAACAAUGGCUGCAGACUGGGAAAACUGUAAACUAUUUGCUUGACGACUACCUGACUGCGAUCGAAGGCAUUCGAUCUUUCCUCGUUAAGCGGUCAUCGCCGAACAAGCAUUUGUUUAUUGGAGAACUGUCGGCUGGAUCCGAGGCAUUUAACCCUAAAAUGGACCACCUGACGUGUUUCCUGCCGGGCACCCUCGCUCUUGGACACGCCAAUGGCCUCCCCGAUUGGCACAUGACGCUGGCUGAGGAACUGCUUCACACUUGCUACUUAACUUAUGCUGCUCAUCCUACUUUCUUGGCUCCUGAAAUCACACAUUUCAACUUGGCUAGUGCUACUGAUGACAUGUAUACGAAAACUGCUGAUGCUCACACACUCCUGCGGCCAGAAUUCGUCGAGAGCCUCUGGUACAUGUACCAAAUAACUGGCAACACUACCUACCAAGACUGGGGAUGGCAAAUAUACCAGGGUUUCGAAAAAUACGCGAAAGUGCCGAACGGAUACACAUCACUAGCCAACGUGAAAGUUGAAAAACCAGUGCAACGGGACAUGAUGGAGUCAUUCUUCUUAUCCGAAACUCUCAAAUACCUGUACUUACUAUUCAGUGACGAUAGAUUCGUCAUAGACUUGACUAAAUACGUCAUCAAUUCUGAAGCUCACCCGUUACCCAUUCACAAGAACUAGUAUCAUGAAAUUGUCAUUCAAAAUGCAAGAGACUUAAUUUUUAAAGUCAACCAUGGGUGAAGCAUACAGUGCUGUACAUUCGUGACUUACGGAAACCACAAUAGGAAUAGCGUAUUUGUAUUUAGAAUUAAUUUAUUGUAGUCCAAUUGCUAAUCGGAAGUGUCUGUUUAUUCCCAAAGUUCAGUAUGAAAUGUAUUAGAAUAGUUAGGCCGUAUAUAAAGUUACAUCGAAAUAAUAAGAAACUGAAGAGCAACAUGAAAAUACAAUGUAUUCAUUAUAAUUUUAUUCUUAAAAUUCUUUGAAUAACAGUUCAUUCUAUAAUGAACUAUUGCUUUCCGAGGUUCUUAUUUCGAUAGUACUUUUACCGCAAAGGUAACUAAUUUAUUCAAAAUAAACUUGUUCUGAGAAAGAAUAUUUGUUCUGUAGUUGCCAAAUCUGUACUGCAUUCUGUGUUGUGAGCACAGAAAUAUUGAAUCCCGAAUCUAAUUUGAUGAUAUUAAUAUACUAAAGUUUAGUAUUAUACUUUAAAUGUAUGUAUAAGCGAAACAAGAAUUCCAUUUGCAGUUUAUACAUAAAUAUAAAAAAAAUAGCCGAUUCCUAAUUUUACUCAAUAAGUACUUAAAUUAUAACGAAUUUAUGAGAUGUUGUUAUAUACACAAACUUACAGAUAUGUUUCAUUAUCACAUCAUUUUUGACUGCAUUUUUUGUCUACUUAUAAAGCAUUCAUAGGUUAAAUUUAUUUAUUUCUUUAUAUAAGUAGGUACAUUGGAAGUUUCAAUAAGAAACCAUGUUUGGGAUUACAGUUCUGUCGACAGUCUGUUAUAGAAUUAAUGAGCAAUAUUAUAAGGUAACAAUAUUGUACUCUAUUUGAGCAAUCUCAUUAUUUCCUAUUAAUAAUGUGCAAUUCUUAUUCCAAGAACUGUUCUAAACAGACUAAAUCUAUUUCUCAAACCAAUAAUGUAAACGCUAUCCUAAUUUUUCUUAAAAAUUCAAAACCUAUACGAUUGUUAUUUUAGUUAGAAAAUAUUUCAUUCAAGUCAUUAUAAUAAAUUUGUUAUGUAAAAAAAUUAUAUAUAAAUAUAUGUUAUUAUUAUAAGUAGCGAGCGCGUAUGCGUGUUAAAGAUUAGUUUAAAUUGAAGGAUGAAUCUUAGGGGUUUUAAAUUGACGGUGGAUAUUUAGAGCCGAGGUCUGUGUGAAAUACACAUAUUAGUUCCGUCAAGCGUUUUAAUGUGUGCGUGUACGGUACCUACCUACGUCUUACAAGCGACGACUAGAUCCAAUGGUGUUGGAUAUAGUCAUAAUAAUAUAUCGUCGUUACUUCUUCUAAUUUUCAUUUUCCUCGUGUUGCUAGAAUUUUGUUAAUCGCAACCACUGUUUUUAUUAAAAUUACAUGAAAGUUUAGCUUCUUUGUAACAGUCUGAUAUUAUUGUCAUUGACUAUCUUAUUCGUACAUGGACUCUAACGAAUGGUUCAACAGCAAAAUAAAUGAGCUAGGUUUUUGGAACGUUUUAAUUUCUUGGUCGUUAUGCCAGGUAUUUGAAUGCAAACAUGUAAUAUUUUGAUGUUUCCGCAGUUCUGUGAAUCCCUGUACCAAGUUGACAUUCGUUAGUCGUUCGUUAUUCGUUUUUAUUUCACGAUUGCAAAAAGAAAUUUAUGUAAAAACAUUGAUGAGCUAUGUAACGGCAUACAUUCCUUAUUUAUUAUUCAUCUACUUUAAUAAUUUGAUAACAUAGAAUUAUACAAGAAGUGGUAUUGAAAAUACUGUGUAAUAUAAUUUAUUUAUUGUGGUGUUUAAAUUUAGUUAUUUUAAGUAAAAAGCUUGAUGAAAGCAAACUCAUUUAAAUUGCAUAAUAUUAUUAAAGAGGUUUCUAUGUGUUUUCAACAAUAAUAAUUUAUUAAUGCAACUCGUUUUCUUAACUGCAGCUCGGUGCCAUGUUAUGAACCUUAAUCUGACGUAUUUGUGCAAUAGGACUGCCAGAUGAAAUAGUAAAUCGAUGAAAAUAUAUUAUUGUUAUUUUAGAUAAAUUUACUCACCUAGUUAUUAUUGCACGUUUUCUGUACUUUAUUUGUAAUUACGAGGAAUGCCAAAUACUAUUAAUAUUGCAUAUCAUGUUGCUAUUGGUUAUGCGAUCAUGAUUGCGCCACACGAAUUCUUAAUUCUUGGCAAUGUAGUCGAAGGUUCGAUAGUAUGUUAGACGUCAAGGCUAGCGCGGAGCGUGGAACAUCAAACGAGUUAGAAUAGAUGUAAACUAAUGCUAACUUAGGUCAGUAAUAAACGGUCUUAAGACCUAUGUUCUCUCGGUAGUAUUAAACGCACUUACGCACAAUAAUUAUAAAGCGUACACUGUAGUUUUAAGUACUUAAACGUUGUAUACUUUAUUGAGGUAAGUGUAAUUUUUAGUUCAGUCUAUUUCACUUUUUCCAUUCUAAAAUAUUAUAUAAACUCUAUUCAUUUAGGUAAUUAUAAAAAGGUAAACAAUCUUGGCGUCUUUUGUCUGAAAACUCCAUUUAAAACAAAAAUAAAUACAUAUUACCAAUUAUAUUGUAUAACCAACAUUGUUUAACUUUUUAGGAACCUAAACUAAUAGAACAUAGGUACAUUCUUAUAACUAGCUACUUCUUUACACUACAUAUUAAUUAGAUAGUAUCCAAUUCGAUCGUACUAAUUUGAUGUUCUUUUAAGAUUCAUGUUGCUUAGUCCACUAAAUCUUUUCUACCACGACACGAUUCAGGGUAUUUUCUUAAUAAGAGAUAUGAUUCUAUUUGGUGUCUUUCAGGAUCAGGUCAACGAACUCGAUACCAAUAAUUAAAACGAAUUGUUCUGUUUCUCUAAUGUUCUAAUGAUACUAAAAUACUAUAAACAUAGUCUUUCAUUGUUCCUGAAUCAGUUGUACUAGAUCUGUAUUUAAUUUUCUUUCUCGUCAUAUAGAUGCCAAUGCUAAAAAGCAGGGUUUAAAUACCUUGUUUUAUUAUUUAGACGUUUAUGAAACGUUUUUGGAUGUAUAAGUACCGAUCAAUCAUUGGUCGUUUAAAAAUGCAAGUAAUAUUGUGAAAAAAAUGUUUUUUAUACAAUAUUUACCUGUAGGCCAACAGCUAUUUGCUAUUUUGGGAUUCAUAGUAUAAUUUUACAAAGAAGUAACUAAAAGCAAACGAUUAAUGCUGAUAUGUUAACAAACACCAUACAAUUAUUAAUAUUAUAACACAUUUCGAGUAAUUCACUUAGUCAAGAGAAACGAUUAUUAAUUGAAAAUUAAUAAUUGGUUACCAUUUAAAUUAGUAUUUAGUUACCAGGCAAUUCGGACCUACACUAAACCUUUCACUAGCCUGUUUAAAUGUGAUUAUCCCUAUUGGGUUAAAGAGCAAGAAGUCCUACUUUCUUACCAAUAUUUAUAUGCUAUAUCAAUAAAGGAAUUAUUCAUAUAUUUCAGAUUCAGAUGCAAUAGUAUGUGUAAGGCAACUCGCAACCAUGUGUUAAUGUUAAGAAAUAGAUGUUUUGUACCACGAUUAGAUUGUACGUGAUUUUCACGUCAACUUACAUAAGCGGCAAGUGUUUAAAAAUCCUUUGAUGUAUUACAAAUACAAUAAUUAUGUAUUCUCUUACCAAUAUUAAAUGUAAUCAUAAAAGUAGGAAAACAUUUGUAUUUGAGGCUGGGGUAGGUAUGUUUAUGAAUUUUGCAUUUAUCAAUGUCAGUGUACUGGAAACUUUAAAGUUGUGCUAAUACAUAUUGGUUGUAAUAAAAUGUACAAUUUAA